GAGAAGGAGAAAGGCCACUACAUUGGGUGCAAGAGUGCCCAGGAGGAUCCCAAGCUGUCCCAGGCAGCCCGUGCCAUGCAGCUGCAGAACGACCGGCUCUACAAGAAGGCCUACAACGACUCCAAGACCCAGAUCCACAUCCCAGUGGAUGCCUUGUCUGUGCAGGCAGCCAAGGAGUGCCAGACACUGGUCAGUGACGUCGACUACCGCCAGUACCUUCACCAGUGGACCUGUCUGCCCGACCAGAACGAUGUGAUCCAUGCCAGGAAGGCCUACGACCUACAGAGUGAUGCUAUCUAUAAAUCAGACCUGGAGUGGCUCCGUGGGAUUGGCUGGUUGCCUAAUGACUCUCCAGAGGUCAAGAGAGUGAAGCAAGCCCAGGAUCUGCUGAGUGAUAACGUGUAUCGGACGCCUAUCGAGCGCCUGAAGUACACCAGCAUUGUUGAUUCUCCAGAUGUUGUUCUGGCCAAAACCAACGCUGAACAAGUCAGCAUUCCUAAAUACAAAGAAGCCUGGGAAAAGGACAAGACUAUGAUCCAUAUUAUGCCAGACACACCUGAAAUCAACCUAGCCAAGACUAAUGCUGCUAAUUAUAGCCAGAAACUUUAUAAAGGAGCUUGGGAUGAGAUGAAGAUGAGUUAUGAUCUGAGAGCGGAUGCAAUCCCAAUCAAGGCAGCCAAAGCUUCUAGAGAAAUUGCUAGUGAUUAUAAAUACAAACUGGAACACGAGAAGCAGAAGGGACAUUACGUCGGAGUUCCAAAUGCUCAAGAAGACACAAAAAUGAACUUUGCACUCGGUAUAGGCAAAGUUCAGAGUGAACUGGAAUACAAGAAACACUUUGCCAAGUGGAAGACACAGUGUCACCUCCCAGCAGACAUGGUGUCCAUCGUGUCAGCCAAACAGGGGCAGUCUUUGGUCAGCGACGUGGAUUACAGGCACUACCUGCACCAGUGGAUCUGUCUGCCAGACCAGAACGAUGUCAUACAUGCUAGGAAAGCCUACGACCUGCAGAGUGAUGCUGUAUAUAAAUCUGAUUUAGAAUGGCUACGGGGUAUUGGAUGGCUGCCAAAUGACUCAGUUGGAGUCAACCACGUCAAAUAUGCUGGAGAUAUCCUGAAUGAGAGAAAGUACCGUACAAAAGCUGAAACUCUUCCAUUUACUGCAGUGGAUGACAGAGUUGACUAUGUCACAGCAAAGAAAAGUGGGGAAAUUCUCAGUGAUAUUAAAUACCACAAAGAAUGGAAUGAGGCCAAGACAAAUUAUACUCUAACAGAUACACCACAGCUAGAUAUGGCCCGAGAGGCAGCCAGAAUUCUUAAUCAGAAUCUAUACAAGGAAAGUUGGGAGAAAGAAAAAGCCACUGGUUACCUCUUGCCACCUGACACUGUGCAGAUCUGUCAUGCCAAACGCUCAAGUGAUGUCCAGAGUGAGCUGAAAUACAAAGCUGACUACGUCAAACAACGAGGUCACUACGUUGGAGUUGCCAGCAUGAGGGAUGACCCCAAACUGGUGUGGUUCGAGCACGCGGGCGAGAUCCAGAACGACAGGCUGUACAAAUCAGACUAUAACAAAACCAAGUCCAAGGUUCACAUCCCUGCAGACAUGGUGUCCUUGGUAGCAGCAAAGGAAGGUCAGAACUUGGUCAGUGACGUUGACUACCGCCAAUACCUGCACCAGUGGACCUGCCACCCUGACCAGAAUGACUGCAUUCAAGCCAGGAAGGCCUAUGACCUGCAGAGUGAUAAUAUUUAUAAAUCUGACUUGGAAUGGCUUCGUGGCUGUGGUUGGAUUCCUCUGGAUUCAGUGGAACAUAAGAAAGUUAAGCAUGCACAAGAGCUGAUAAAUAAGAGAGCAUAUACAAAAGAAGCCCUUGAUAACUUCUCCAAUUAUACCAGUGUGGUUGACACUCCUGACAUUGUUUUGGCAAAGAUUAACUCUGUCAAUCAGAGUGAUCUAAAAUACAAAGAAACAUUUAACCUUGAGAAAGGCCAGUACAUUGGGUCUGAUGAUACUCCUGCACUGAACCAUGCCAAGGACAUGUCUGUACUCUACAGUGAUAAACUUUAUAAAAAUGCUUGGGAAAUCAGCAAGCCCCUGGGGUACACUCUGGAUGAGAAAUACAUUCCACUUGUUGGAGCAAAGCAUGCAAACCACAUCAACAGUGAGCUUAAAUACAAGGCAAUAUAUGAGAAGCUGAAAGGCCAUUACCUGGCUGGGAAGGACAUCAGUGAUUUCCCCAGUGUCGUUCAUUCCCUGGAAUUCCAGAAGAUAAGGAGUGCGUUGGCAUACAGAAAGAAUUAUGAAGACACCAAAGCACAUGUCCAUAUUCCAAGUGACAUGAUGAACCACGUGCUGGCCAAGAAGUGCCAGUAUAUCCUCAGUGACCUGGAAUACCGAUCCUACCUCCACCAGUGGAGCUGUUCACCUGAAGAGCAUGAUGUCAUUCAAGCCAGAAAAGCCCAGGAAAUUCUGAGUGAUGUGGUGUAUAAAGAUGACUUAAAUUGGCUGAAGGGACUUGGAUGCUAUGUCUGGGAUACGCCACAAAUCCUGCAUGCCAAAAAAUCAUAUGACCUCCAGAGCCAAAUCAAAUACACAGCUGCAGGAAAAGAGAACUUGAAGAACUUUGGUGUUGUUACUGACACUCCUGUCUAUGUGACUGCAGUGCAGAGUGCUGUCAAUGCCAGUGAUGUGAAAUACAAGGAAGACUACCACAAAAACAAGGACAAGUACACAACUGUGCUUGAAACAGUAGAUUAUGAAAGAGUUCAAAAUUUGAAACAUCUCUUCAGCAAUAACCUCUACAAGGAAGCCUGGGAUAAAGUGAAAGCAACUGGCUAUAUAUUGCCCUCUGAUGCUGUACCCCUGACACGUGCAAAAGAGCUGAAGCACAAUGCUAGUACUGUGAAAUACCGAGAAGAAUAUGACAAGUUUAAAGCACUGUACACAAUACCCAGAGGUGUUGAGGAUGACCCCAACACAGCAAGGUGCCUUAGAGUUGGAAAGCUUAAUAUUGAUCGUCUCUACAAGGAAACCUAUGAGAAGAACAAAGCCAAAGUCCACAUUGUUCCAGACAUGGUGGACAUCAUCUCUGCUAAGGAUGCCCAGAAGAAAGUCAGUGAGAUCGACUACCGCACACGCCUCCAUGAGUGGCUCUGUCUGCCAGACCUCCAAGUCAAUGCCCAUGUUAGGAAAGUAACUGAUCAGCUCAGUGAUGUGAUAUACAAGGAUGAUCUUAACUGGCUGAAAGGCAUUGGCUGCUUUGUUUGGGACACUCCUGAAAUUCUCCACGCCAAACACGCCUACGAGCUCCGCAGCGAUAUCAAAUACAAAUCUAAGGCAGAAAAAAUGAAGGAUAAGUACACUCCAGUCGUGGACACCCCUGUUUAUGUCCAAAAUGUCCUCAGUGGCUUGAAUUCAAGUGAAAAUGUCUAUCGUAGUGAAUAUAUGCACAAUGUCAAAGGCAAAAUGAUUCCUACUGACAAAACAGUGGACUUGGAGAGGGCCUAUAAUGCAAACAAAAUACAGAGUGAAAAUUUGUAUCGCUGGGCUGGUGUGAAUGCUCUGCCCACUGGAUACAGCCUUCCCACAGAUACCCCCAGCUUCCAGCAUGCUAAGCAUGUCCAGUACAUUGGCAGUGAUCUGAAAUAUAAAGAAGCCUAUGAACACAUGAAAGCUAAAGGCUACACUCUGGGACCUAAAGAUGUUGGGUUUGAGAACGUGAGGAAAGUGAACCAAGUCAUAAAUGAGAGGUUGUAUCGGGCAACGUACCACAAGUACAAGGACAAGAUCCACACCACUCCAGAUACACCCGAAAUCCGUCAAGUCAGAGCAACCCAGGAAGCUGUCAGUGAUCUGAUCUACAAGUCGGAUUUCUUUAAGCUGCAGGGACACUUGAUUUCCUUGCCCUACACUCCUCAGGUGUUGCACUGUCGCUACGUUGGGGACAUCACAAGUGAUGUUAAAUACAAAGAGGAUUUGAGGUGGUUGAAGGGCUUGGGUUGCUUCCUCUAUGAUACUCCUGAUAUGGUCCGUGCUCGUCAUCUGCGUAAGCUUUGGUCUAAUUAUAUAUAUACUGAUACUGCAAAGAAGAUGUGGCCUAAAUACAAUGUGGUACUGGAUACUCCUGGAUACAGAGCAGUCCAGGAACUAAAAACUCAUUUGAGUGAACUGGUUUACAGAGCUGCAGGAAACGAGCUGAAGACGAAAUACACUUCUGUCCUUGAUACACCUGACUUCUUAAGAGCCAAGGAGGGGCAAAAGAUACAAAGCCAGUACUUGUAUGUGGAACUUGCCACAAAAGAGAGACCCCAUCAUCAUGCUGGUGGUCAGACUCCAGCCUUUACACAUGCUAGGCAAGUCAAGGACAUGGUCAGUGAGAAAAAGUAUAAAACCCAGUAUGAGAAGAUGAAGGACAAAUACACACCCAUCCCUGACACGCCAGUCUUGAUCAGAGCCAAGCGAGCCUACCUGAAUGCCAGUGAUCUGCGUUACAAAGAAACCUUUGAAAAUACUAAAGGCAAAUACCACACAGUGAAAGAUGCUUUGGACAUUGUCUAUCACCGCAAGGUCACCGACGACAUCAGCAGUGUGAAAUACAAGGAAAAUUAUAUGAGCCAGUUAGGAAUCUGGAGAUCGAUCCCAGACCGUCCAGAGCAUUUCCACCAUCGUGCAGUCACAGAAGCUAUUAGUGAUGUUAAAUACAAGGAAGACUUAUCAUGGCUCCGAGGCAUUGGCUGCUAUGCAUGGGAUACUCCAAGUUUUGUUCUGGCAGAGAAGAAUAAAGUGCUCUACAGUGGAUGUAAGUACAAGGAGCAAUUUGAGAAGACUAAGUCUCAUUUUAAGUAUGUAGCUGACUCUCCAAGUAAUGAGCAUUUUAAAUAUGCAACUCAGCUGGUGGAUGGGAAAAGAUAUAAAUCCUUUGCCAAGAUGCUCCUGCAACAAGGAUGUAAUGAAAUUCUGAGGCCAGAUAUGCUGACAGCACUCUACAACACAUACUUAUGGAGCCAGGUCCAGUACAAAAAGGACUAUGAAAAGAAGAAGGGCAAGUAUACAAUGGUUGUGGAUACUCCAGAACACUUGAGGACUACAAAAGUCAACAAGCAGAUUAGUGAUAUUAUUUACAAGCUGGAGUAUAACAAAGCAAAGCCUAAAGGCUACACCACCAUCCAUGACACACCCAUGCUGCUGCACGUGCGCAAGGUCAAGGACAGAAUAAGUGAUCUGAAAUACAAAGAAGUGUAUGAGAGGAAUAAGUCUCACUGCAAUGUCAAAGUAGAUUCUGUUCAUAUUAAGACUCCAAGACAUACUUACAAGCUAAACAGCAAUCUGGAUUAUAAGAAGAAAUAUGAAGCAGCCAAGGCCCAUUGGCACUGGAUUGCUGAUAGACCUGACUUUGUCCAAGCAGCCAAGUCAUCUCUGCAACAGAGUGAUUAUGAAUACAAACUGGACAGGGAAUUCCUCAAAGGAUGCAAACUCUCAGUCACAGAUGAUAAAAACACAGUAUUGGCCUUAAAUAAUGCCAUCCUGGCAAGUGAUAUAAAAUACAAAGAGAAGCACAACAAAGCUCGAGGAACUUACCAUGUUGUUCCAGAUACACCUCAGAUACUCCUGGCCAAGAAUGUCAGCUCCCUGGUAUCUGAGAACAAAUACAAAGAACACAGCAAGAAGCAGCUUCCACAUGGGACUUUCACAACCCUGCCAGAGACACGGGACACUGCUCAUGUGAAAGAGGUGACCAAGAAUGUCAGUGAGACAAACUAUAAGAAGAAGUUUGUGAAAGAGAAGGGCAAGUCUAAUUAUUCUGUCAUGCUGGAGCCUCCUGAUGUGAAACAUGCUAUGGAAGUUGCUAAGCACCAGAGUACAGUUGAAUACAAGAAAGAUGCCAAGACAAAGCUCCACUACACACCUAUAGCAGAUCGCCCAGAUAUUAAGAAAGCAACUCAGGCUGCCAAGUUAAUUAGUGAUAUUGAGUACAAGAAGCGUGGAGAAGCUGGCAUUGGUGUCACCAUGCUGGGACGUCCAGAUAUUGAACUGGCAAAGGAGGUGUCCAAGCUAACCAGCCAGGUGAAAUAUAAGGAGAAUUUCUCCAAAGAGAUGGGUAAAAAGCCAAAGUAUGAUUUAAAGGAGGCUAAAAUCUACAAGACCAUGAAAGAUGCUCACAACAUGGCUAGUGAGGUGAAAUACAAGGCAGAUUUAAAGAAACUUCACAAGCCAGUCACAGACAUGUCUGAGUCUCUGAUCAUGAACCACGUCCUGAACACCAGCCAGCUCGCCAGUACUGUGAAAUACAAAGAAAAGUAUGAGAAGGAGAAAGGAAAACCCAUGCUGGACUUUGAAACUCCAACAUACCUCACUGCAAAGGAAUCUCAGCUCAUGCAGAGUGAGAAAGAGUAUAAGAAGGAUCUGGAGGAAGGUGUCAAAGGUAAAGGACUAACAGCUUUAGAGGAGACUCCAGACAUGUUAAGAGCAAAGAAUGCAACUCAGAUCCUGAACGAGAAAGAGUACAAAAAAGCCUUGGAAUUAGAAAUCAGAGGAAAAGGUCUGACAGAACUGGCUUUGGAGACACCAGAUUUUGUGAGAGCAAAGAAUGCCACUGACAUCGCCAGCCAGAUCAAGUACAAACAACUGGCAGAAAUGGAGAAGGCCAACUACACCAGUGUCGUCGAUACCCCUGAGAUCGUUCAUGCCCAGCAGGUCAAGGACCUGUCAAGCCAGAAAAAGUACAAGGAAGAGGCAGAAAGGACCAUGCCACACUAUGUGCCUGUAGCAGACACACCAGAAAUGCAGAGAGUCCGUGAGAAUCAGAAGAACUUCAGCACACUUCAGUAUCAGUGGGACCUACAGAACAGUAAAGGAAAAGUUACAGUUGUGCAAGACACCCCAGAAAUGCUGCGUGUGAGGGAAAACCAGAAGAAUUUCAGCUCGAUUUUAUAUAAAGAAGAUACUGGACCUGGAACUACUAUUGAAAAGACACCAGAGAUGCAGAGAGUUAAAAGAACCCAGGAUGCAAUCAGCUCG